CGAAAGGCAUGAACUGGGAGGAGAGGAAGGUGGGUGGAUCUAGACCCUGGUUUAAAAAGGACCUCGGAAGUGACGCCACCAUUGCCGGCUGAGGGGCGAUUGCAACGGAAAAAGGGAAGCGGACUGUUCCAAGCGUGUGAUCGUGGACGGUGAGCUUGCAUCUAGAAAGGGGGGGGGGGGAUGUCCAUGGGCUGAUCUGCCCCAGCUUCCACGUCGUCUUGUCCUCGUGUCUUGUAAUGUGAGCCUUUGCUGGCAUCUGGCAGGAGAGCGAGAGCAAGAGAGUGAGCAAGUGAGAAACCCAGAGGUGGGGGGAAUCCCCUCUUAUGAGAGGACGAGGAGGCAUCUGCGAAAGAACUGGAGCUCCUAAAUCCACCAGCGUGACUCGAGCUGCACAAGCAUACAGACUGUGCACGUUGUAGUUGUCCUGCAUUUCCCCCUCGGAGGUGAAAAGUGCUGCAGAUCAUCAGACAAGAGCUCCUUUGGAGAGGCUCCUACUGGGGACCAACAGGCUGAUAUAUAUAUAUUUUUUGUGCAUCUGGAUUUGCAGUAUGGCCAAGAAGAAUAGCCAAAAGGAUGCCAGCGGUGUGGUGUUCGACACUCACGCGAAGAUGGUGAUGUCCCAUGGAGGUACCUUUGAAAGGAUGAAGGAGAAGAUAUAUGCGGUUAGGGCAGUUGUUCCCAACAAGAGCAACAACGAGAUCGUUCUGGUCUUGCAGCACUUUGACAACUGCGUUGACCGUGCCGUCCAAGCCUUCGUGGAAGGCAGUGCAGCUGAUAUUUUGAAGGAGUGGAAUGUGACUGGUAAAAAGAAGCCCAAGAAGAAAAAACCCAAACCCCAACCAGAACCACAGCCAGAACCUGCCCAAGCUGUGGUCACCCCUCCUGCGGAGAGCAAAGAUGAAGUGAAUGGGUUCCAUGCCAAUGGGUCGGUCAUGGAUGGUGACUCUUUGGACUCCCUGAGCGAGCAGCUGGAGUCCGCUUCCCUUGAUGCCAUCGAGCUGGACUCGGAGACUGCAACGCCUGACCUUUUGGAUGCAGCUGCUGAUAUGGAUUCUAAACCCGCCACGCUGAGUCCGAGCUUUCAACACUCCCACAUGGGGAGAAGUCACCAGGCUCCACGUGGCAGCAAGAACCGUCCUCGUCCCUCCCUCACCUCCCAGCAGGCAUCUGCCUUCUCCCUGCUUGCCCUCGAUAGCCAGCAUGGGGCGUCUGCCAACAAGAAGAUAGCACCUAACAUCGAUAAGUCCAUCAAAGACUUGCAGCGCUGCACUGCCUCUCUCACUCGCUACCGCGUCGUGGUGAAACAGGAAAUGGACUCUUCCAUCAAGAGGAUGAAGCAGACCUUUGCUGAGCUCCAGAGCUGCCUGAUGGAUCGAGAGGUGGCCCUGUUAGCAGAGAUGGAUAAAGUUAAAGCUGAGGCUAUGGCCAUUCUGGAUGGCCGCCAGAAGAGGGCAGAGGAGCUCCGCCGGCUGACUGACCGGUCAGGCGCCAUGUCAGAGGAUCAGUUGACCGAAUUGCGUGCAGACAUCAAGCACUUUGUUAGUGAGCGCAAGUACGAUGAGGACCUAGGGAGGGCUGUGAAGUUUACUUAUGAGAUGGAGCCUCUGAAGAAGAGCAUCAUGAACUUUGGACAAGUGUACCACCCACAGACUGGUUAUUCCAGUCGCUCCCGCUGUAGUUCUGCCGCCUCCUCAGUUACUGGCACGACUUCCCAGGAGGGGCCGUCCACACCUCUGCCCCAGUCCUCAUCACAUGGGGGUCGUGUUGUCCAGCCUAGUAAACAGGGUAAUCAAGGUAACCGGCGUUCUGGUCAAGGGCUCUCGUCUGGGGGUCAGAAGUUCAACAGUGGCGCUCACCAGGAUAGGAACCCCAAUCGGACAAGCCGCCGUUACCCUGAUGCCUGUGGAGGAGGUCCAAAUAUGAGCAGCACCUCGCCAUCCUCCCCACUGUACACAGUCUCCACAAAUGGUUCCUCUUGGCCCACUCCAGUCACCCCCCAACCGGACCAACCACCUAACAGCUUGCCCCAGAGACCCCCAAGGACUCGCUGCCCCUGACAUUACACCCUGCACAUCAUGUCCACUCAUGCCCCAAAAAUAUCCCCAACUUCCACAAUGAAGGAUAGAACUGAAGUUUACAUCUUUCCAUUUUCUUGAGCUGUAGUGCCACCUAUAGGCAACCUCAUUUGUCCUGUAGUUGGAAAAACCUUUCCCUGCGUUAUGCCAUAUAAUCUUCCUCUUCCAUUUCCUGUCUGCUGAUGGCUAUACUUCCCUUGCUCUGUGACAUCCACAGACCCCCCCAUUACCCCCUUACUUUAAAAGCAGUGUCUGCAGGAGCCUUUUUUUUUUAUUUAAUUUUUUUUAUGAAGCCACUGGCUCCAUCAAUGAAAGACCUCCCCCUCCUCCACUCUAUAGUUGUAUACAUCUUUUAUUUUAGCUUUUGAUUUAGUUUUUCCUGUAGUUUCAUUUCCAUUCCUCUUUUUUUUUUUUUUUUUUUUUUUGCUUUAGUGUCCUUUGCUUUGGUGGACUCUUCAUAGUAAAUCGUAGAGGGGCAGUCGACCUUAUCGGUCUGCCAUUAGUACAACACUACUAAGCUCAGGAAUGAAGGAGACAAGCUUUCGGCUCGACACUAUCGGCUCUCCUUGCCAUCAAGGCCAUGGGUUAUGGGCUUUGUCUCAGUUCAUGGAUGCCUGCUUGUAAUGCUUAUGCAUGGUAGAAACAUAAAAGUGGAAAGUGUUACGUUUCUAAUGGAGACUGAGGUGCACAUGCUGCAGUUUCACCUUUAGAUGGCACUAUAGCUGUUGCAAGCCAAACACAGGCCCGGGUUUAUGUGAAGUCAAAGGCUUUGAUCGUUGUGUAGAAUGGAGUAGACAAUGUGCACACAUCCUCAUGCAUUCAAUAUGUUUUUUGUUUGUCAAAUCCAAGUGCCGUGCUUAUUCUGUUCUAUAGGGGAAAAAUCUGUUCCCAGUAUCUUUCCUUCCAGUUUGCAUUAUGGCUGUAUGUUGUAACAAGCUUCCCACCCCUGUCAGUGGUGCCAGGGAAAGGUUUUAAAACAAAUGUGCUUGACAGUAGAAAGAAAGCUGAAGACUGACGCUGUGCUUUUUAGCCUGGUGCCGAGAAGCUGUUUGCAGUUAAUGCUACAAGCUGUUGAUUGUGGUCAGUUUUACAGAAACCUGCUUUGAAACGUCUUUUGGCCUAGAUAAUAUGUUGUAUGGCUGCAGCAGUGGCAGAUACCGACUUUUGGCUCUCUGAUAUAGAAGGUAGCUGUAUGUGCAAAGUAUUGCUAAAACAUCUGCUCCUGGUUUUGGAGAACAGUUUUGGUUGACCAUGCUGAUUGGUUGGGUUUGAUUUAGCAGCCACUGGUUGAUGCUCAAACCAGAGAUGAGGUGCUUCCUUUGGGAGAUGAUUGGAACUGAUGUCUAUCAGAUGAAAGUAGCAUCAAGUUCUUCGGCAUGGCAGUGAAACAAUCCCCCCCCAACCCCCCCAGCCCCUUUUUUUUAAACUCCUUACUGGUCAGCAGUGCCAACUUGGCUUCAUUCUCACUUCCCUCCCACUCGUGACGUUUUUUUUUGCUAUUGCCCUCUCUGCAUUGUGCGGAGGUGCCUGUCUCCUCUGCCCGCUGUGCGGCCAUGUUCUGUUGGCUCAGCUUUCUGUGAGUUCAGAGUUUCGUUUUACGGUCACCUCAGCCCGAGUUUGUUGCGCUGGGCCUGACGGUCCGUUCACUUUCAUGACUGAACUAGCCUUUUGGAUCAUCGUUUAAUCUCACUUGGUGCCUCCAUACCUUGCCUACUGUCUAGUUCUUGACCCCAGUUGCUACACCAUGCCCUGGGGUUAUUUAAUGUAAAUGUAGUGGCCUCCAAAGAAUCAAUGUUAUCUGGUUCUAGUUGCUGCCUUAAUACUGCCUCUUUGGUAAAACUUAAUCUUUUUAUGGAGGGAUAUGAUGCAGGAUCACCAUUUUUGAUUAAUUCUGCUUGUUUAGCCUAUACUACACUUUCAAAGUUUUUUCACGCAAUCGCAUCUUUCUUGAAUGCUCACUUCACCUUGGGACAUCCACUACAUAUAUCCUCCUCCAAGACCCCCCCCCCCCCCCCCCCCCACAUUGGGACUUACUGCCACAGUGAAUCUGAGACGAUUGUUAACUAAAGUGCCUUCUCUCCUCUUUGUCCCCCUUCCCUUCUUCAUUCUGCUAAACAUGGACCAAAGACUCUAAGAGCCUGAUUGCCCACAUUCUCUCCUCAGCAUAGCCACAACUUGGACACUGCAUAGUCGCUGACAUGCCUCUCAUUUACUAUAAUAAAGUGUUAGCAAAUGCAAUAUUUGUUUCUGACUCUUUGUGUUGCUUUAGACCUAAAUAUAUUCAUGUUGGGUUGAUGAAGUUACCUUUUUUAAGAAAAGCGAUGCACAGAGUCUUUUGAAAUAAUACUAUUGGGGAAUUAUAUGGCCAAGUAGCAUACAUGCAUAUGAAGGCUGAUAAACUGCUGUGAUGCCUGUGCUGGUGUUUAAAAAUCAGAAGUAUUUAAAUUGGUUUUGGACUAAAUAAAAUUACAUUUAAUUCCAAUUAUUUUUAAGCCUUUAUGGCAAUUUCAAUUAACCAUUAAUUUCAUGGGAAAAGAGGUGCAUAUGCGACAGGUUUUAGUUCUAUGCCAUAAAAUACUGGCAAAACUUGACCCAAAGCAUUUUCCCUGGUGUAACAGCUUUUCAUGGAAACUUAGCCUUGUGAUGGACUUGACCUACGCGGGAGCUAAAAGAGCACAUUCAUUGUUCUGGUCUGUAGUCUGAUGUGACCAGAGUAACUUGUGCCUUUUAUUUUUGUUGUAAUGCGGUUUCUUGGAUGUAUUGCACUACACUGACGCCCUGAGCAACUUUGAACGUUGAGGCUUUAAUUGGCUAAUCCUCAGAUGCACCUUUUGGUUUGGUUUAGACCCAGAUACAGCCUGCAAGAUCUUUACUUUAAUGAGGGGAAGGAAAUUAUGAGCAGAUCAGCUUUCUAAGACUUUCUAAGGCUUGCUGUUUCGAGGUAAUAUGUCUCACACAUUUGAGAGACCUGUAUUUCAAAGUAGUGCAGCCACAGGGAGCAUCAAAGCCCGGCUUAACCUUGUGAUUUGAACGAUGAGGGGCCCUUCUCUCGACACUCAUUUUAUUUGGGUUAUUUUAUUUCACCAGCUGUAGUAUUUAGUGACUGGUCAGGAUAACCAGAUGCGUAUGUGGCAGUUGAGUACCUUGAUUACCAUAAUGAGCUUCUAAAUUUUGCACUGCGCAGUCUGAAAUCCCAAGGGAAGCUCCUGUUUAUCUUGACAUAAAAUGUAAUUUUAUUUUAUUUGAAUGUAAAAUAAGGGACCCUCGAGUGUGAGCAAGUUUAAACAACUUUAGGUUUGAAACUUUAGGUACGUACAUCAGAUUUCAUAGGUACUAUAGAAAAAAAUAGACAUCUUUCUUUUUUCAGCACUGAUAUUUCUGUCCGUACACUACAUAUUAUAUUAAAUUGCUGAUGCUGAAUUUCACAUGGAUUAUGGUCUAGAUGCUAUGAGAAGCUGUACUGCAAGUCAGAGGGUAAUAAUCGUAUUGACAAAUGUGCAUACUAGUGAUAAAGAUUAAUCUGAACUUAAUGCAAAAUUCCCCUUUUUAACUGGGUAAAAUUAGUUCUACUGACACAAACUCCCAAAAUAAGGAUUCCUGAUGCCUUUAGUUUUCACAGCAAUGUUAACAGUAGCAAGCUUUUAUAGACUGAUAUCUGUGAUUCUAUUAAAAUGUUAUUCUCAUGUAAAA